GCCCACAGGAAAAGGCGGGCUCGCAGGGGGAGGUGCGACUGGAGCUUCUGGGAGAGCGGACCCUGUCGGAGGUGGCCCGAGCGUUCGCCUGUUCACAGCCAGGACGGAAUAGAGUCAAACUCCAACCAGACUGGCGGUAAAGUCUCCUCGGCCCGACGGAGCGGUGGAGAGAGAGCAUGGGAUCUGGCAGAAGCAGCCGCAGAACUAGCCGCCGCCUCUGCUAGAGGAGCUCGGGAAGAGGAUGCGUGAUCUUCCACCCAGAAUGGAAGUGUGCCCUUAUUGUAAGAAGCCAUUUAAGCGAUUAAAAUCUCACUUGCCAUACUGUAAGAUGAGAGAACCAACCAUAUCUGCUGAUCAGAAAGUUUAUCCAUCCAAGCCAGCUACACUUCCACGUGCUAAAAAACUGAAGGGGCCAACCAAGGACUUAAUUCAAACUAAAGGGAGAGAGUUAGAGACAGAGAGUGAGGAAAGAAAUACCAUACUGACAAGGGACAAAUCAGAACAGUUGUUGCUCUCUUCACUAUUAGCUGUUGGCCCAGAAAAAGCAAAUACUGCAAAGGAUCAAAGCCAGCUGUCCUUUACAGUGCCAAAGCACACUGAACCAAAGACAGCUUCCCAAGGUGAAACUAAGGCCCGGCUUGAUGCAUCAGAUAACACCUCUGCUGAAAGAGAACUUGCCCAAGAUUGGCUUAAAUCAGAGAGAAGUAGAUGUGAUCCUUCAGAAAUGGAAGCAGAUUUACUGGUUGGCCCAGUGGAACUUUCUUUGUCAAAUCAAGAUAGAAAAAACUCCUCAGCCCUGCCUGAUGAGGUACAAGCCACUUCUGUUAAUCUGAAAUCAGACACAAUUGAUCCCCAAAGACAAGGGCUUCCAGUUAAAUUAAUAGAUGUAUCCAUGGCUGAUAAUCAUUGUUCUCCAAGGAAUCUGAGCAAAGGAGUUCAAAGAUUAAGAGUAUCCAUGUGGAGCAAAGAAAAAGAUUCCAGAGGAAAAGGUUGCCUCCCAGGAGCCUCUGCUGACGCUGGUGACACUGAGACUCUGGAAAAGAAGUCAGCAUCACCCACUGUGGGCCUUCAUGUUAGCCCGUUAGGUGAAAUCCAAGUCAAGGAGAACCAAGGAAAAGGACUUGGCCUUGGAGCAGAAGCCUGUGGGAGCAAAGGGAAUGCAGAGGGAAGUGGGUCUGCCACAGAAGUGCAGGAGCAGGCCUCCGUGAGCCAUGGCUCUGAGCACUUUAACACUGGCGCUUCAGCCUCAGAGGGGAAGUUGGAAGAUGCAGGUCCAUUUCCAAUUCUGUUCACUCCACAGGAGGUAGCUUACAGUGAGUUUCUUUCUGCAUCAAAGUCAGAUAAUCAAAGUCUUGUUUCUCUGGCUAUAAAAUCUCUUCAAGAAGAGAAAGCACAAUUCUGCAAUCAUCAGCAAGUUCCUGGUGUAAAGUUAUUAGCUGAGAUUGAGGCACGAAUUCUGGAGCCCAGAUUUGGCUGUGGGCCCCCAGCAUUGUACACUGGGUUCCCGCAGUCUCUGCAUGCAGCUCAGCAUCCAUUUUCUAAAAGCUCCUCAAUCAGUUAUUUUGGUACUGCUGAAAGAAAGAGGCUUCCUAGCUCCAUGGGGUUGGAGUGGUUUCCAGAGCUCUAUCCUGGUUAUCUUGGACUAGGGGUAUUGCCGGGGAAGCCUCAGUAUUGGAACUCAGUGGCCCAGAAGCCCCAGCUCUCCAGUCCUCAGGGAGAAAGUGUCUCACAAGUUCCUUUGUUGGGAAGAAGUUCGACUGGUUUAAGGAGUUUGGAGCCCCCGGCCAGGCUUACCACCUCCAGCUUUCCUCUGAGGAGGCUCUUGGGAGCUGUGCACAAAGGCUGGAUCAGGUGCAACACCACGGUGAAGAAGAGUGGGAUUGGUGGCAUCACUAUGCUCUUCACGGGGUACUUCAUCCUCUGCUGUAGCUGGAGCUUCCAGCAUCUGACACUGGCAGGAGCCUCCCUGGGUGAGCCGCAGCGCCCAGCUGGCAGGGCAGAGCAGGAACUCUGGAAAGUCACCCUGAGCCUCCUACAGGCAGACCAGUCCCGCCACAGCCUGCAUGGGAGCCGCAGCAUGCCCAGGCUGAAGGUGGGAAUGCAGCUUGCUGAGCACCUGUGUGAGGCCAUGAAGACGGGUACUGGCUCUUGUUGAAUCCUAAGUCACACCUAAAAUACCUAAAAAAACUACAUUUUUUUUUUCUGUUAAAAAUAAAACGAUGGGCUGGGCGUGGUGGUGCACACCUGUAAUCCCAGCAGCUCAGGAGGCUAAGACAGGAGGAUCACAAGUUCAAAGCCAGCCUCAGUAACAGUGAGGUGCUAAGCAGCUCAGUGAGACCCUGUCUCUAAAUAAAACACAAAAUAGGGCUGGGGAUGUGGCUCAGUGGUUGAGUAUCCUUGAGUUCAAUCCCUGGUACCCCCCAAAAAAAUAAAAUAAAUCAUGGAGAUGUGGCUCUGUGGCAAAACACUUGCCUAGCAUGUGUGGGCUACUGGAUUCGAUACUUAGCACCACAUAAAAAUAAAAAAAUAAAGACAUUCUGUUAAUCUACAACUACUAAAUAAAUUUUUUUUAAAUAAUACAUAAAAUCAUUUCCAGGGCCCAGGAUGUAGCAGUGCUACAGCAUGGGCUUGGCAUGUGUGAAACCUGGGGUGUGGUCCCCAGCACCACAAAAUAUAAAAAUAAAAGCACUUUGUUGUA